ACGCCCAUGAAUCCUGACCGUCCAAUCUAUCAGCGAAAGGUUCUCAACCGAGUACACGUGCUGCCUAUCUUUUUAUUCCCUUCUUUAGUCUUUUGCCUCCAUGCAUGGAAUUCUCCUCAACUACAGCACAAACAAGAGAGAGAAUUUAGAGAGAGAGUGACACAGUCAUGCCUUUGCGUUGAUUGUUCUUCAUAGGCCUGUUCGUCGCCAUCAUUAGCGACCCUUUUCUGCACAAUUUCGAAUUUUCUUUUCCACCCCAUUACAUUUAUGAACAUUCAAGAGGAGAUAGAGUACAUGGAGAUGGAAUUUAAAGGGACCCCUACUGUGGGUCGGAUCUCGUACUUCACCAAACUAUCACAUCUGAGCCCUUUUUGAUUCCUUGUUUAUCACCACUGGUAAAAAAAAAAUAGAAGCAAGAAACUUCGUGAUCUGCAGCCGAACUUCUCGAUCUGGGUCCGCUUCUCUACCGUUCUGGUGUUCUUGUUGGAACAAGAUCAUGGAAUGUAGCGUUCUUCGGGAUUUGAGGUAAGACUUUGUUUUCUCAUUUUGUUUUGUCUCCUGGGUAUCGUUGGUUUGCGCGAUCAAAUUAAUCUAUGGAAGAAAAGCACAAAAAGAAGUUUGUGUGCAAGUUUUGCAACAAGAGAUACCCAUGUGGGAAGGCCUUGGGCGGUCACAUCAGAACCCACAUGAAUCAGAAUUCAGCUGAGAAAGAACAAGUAGUCGAAGCUAAUGCUGAUUUAGUGAAGUUUCCAUCUCUGGAUGGUGGAAAGAAUAGCAAGAGAGAUUCUGGGCCUGAAACUGCUGGUUGGAAUUCCAGUUACGGUCUUAGGGAGAACCCCAAGAGAACAUGGAGGUUUGUGGAUUCAGGAACUGGUUCACUUCAGGAAAGGGUUUGCAGAGAAUGUGGCAAAUGCUUUCAAUCAUUGAAAGCUCUCUGUGGUCACAUGGCUUGCCACUCAGAGAAAGAGAAGCUAAUUAGCAAAUUUGAGGACCACUCAGGGACUAGUGAGAAUCAAAAACCAGAAAUGGACACUCAGUCAGUUACCGAUACAUCAGCUCCGAGGAAGCUUAGGAGAUCGAAACGAAUGAGGUACAAGACUCUUGAUACUUACCCUUCUGUUUAUACUUUGGCAAAUGGUUCCUCAUCUGUCUCGGAGAUUGAACAAGAACAAGAACAAGAAGAGGCGGCAAUGUGUUUGAUGAUGUUCUCUAGGGACUCUGUUUGUAGAGGUGGUUUGAAUUCUGUGGCAGAAUCUUCGAAUAACAAUUCUGUGGUUUUAGAGGCCAAAUCAUCGUCUAUCGAUUUAAAAAUUACUGUGAAGAAUGUUGGGAAUUAUGUAUCUGACAUGAAUGAUUUUGUAAACCUGAAGAGGCGAAGUGACGAGUUAAAAACUUCAGACGUUAGCCUUUCUGAUAAUUCUGAUUCUGGGUAUUUUAGGAAUGGACCCAAAAAAGCUGAAUCAGAUGUUUCUGUUGAUGGGUCUAUUGCGAGUGGUGAAUUUAAGAAGCCCAAAGUGGAAUCUGGAUAUGGAACUGGAUGCUUUAAUGCCGAAUUGGGUAAAAGUUCAAACAGAUUCAAGUUUGUGACGUCUGAAUUUGGGAAGGAAUUGAUCAGAAAUGAAGGAUAUGGUCAAGUGGGGAGAGCUUUCGUCAUGUGUAAUUCAAGAAUGAAAUCCAAAAAUGAUUCCCACAGUCCUGAAUUUUUGGAGGGUUCCCACAAGAAGAUGAAAAACGUCUGUUCCAAUAUCGAAACCUUCAAGAAUACUCAGAAAAGAAGCAAACAAGAGUGUGUGAACAGUAAGAUGUGCUUCCACUCUCGCCGCGCUAUGGGGCCACACAGAGCUAGCCAUACACAGAUCAGUGGCUGCCGUGAGUCCGUACAUGAUAGGGGUGAAAACAACAUAGAAACUGAUUCUCUGCCUGUCCCAAAGCCUUAUAGUAAAACCGUCGAGUCUUGCGGUGUCAAGACCUCCAUUAAUCGAACUAUGCCUGUUCAUUCCGUGAAGAGAUUGGGGACAAAGAAAAGCAAGGGGCAUGAGUGCCCAAUCUGCUUCAGAGUUUUCCGGUCGGGGCAAGCUUUAGGUGGUCACAAGAGGUCCCAUUUUUUUGGAGGUUCUGGAGAAGGAACUAUUGUGCUCAAGCAAGAGGUUCCGGAGUUUCAUGGUCUAAUUGAUCUUAACCUUCCUGCUCCUGUCGAGGAAGAGGCAAAUGGGCCUGCCGAGUUCAUGCCAUGGUAGGUUUCAAACAUCCACAAAAGCUCGAUUUGCCGCUGACCAACUUUGAUAUUUUUUGUCAUACUUCCGUGAUGAUGCGAGGGUGUAUGUACAGACAAGUUGGCCAAAUUUUUUCAUUUUCCCAUUUUGCUUCAGAUUCAAGGGUGUUCAUUUGAGCUAAAUGUUCCAAUAUUACAGCUUCUGGCACCGUAUCCGCUUUGCCUUUCUGAAGGCACUGAAUUACGACAUCUCUGCUACACUGGGCUCUGACGAGAUUUACUUCCAAGCCUUGCAAAAUUGUCCCCAACAUUUUUCACCUCUGGACCAAGCAGGGUUGAGCUACUACUAAGGCUCUGACCUCCACCCCCAGUAUAUAGGAUUUACUUCAUCUAAAUUCACUGUUGAACAGCUUUUCUCUUGCUUUUGAUUGUGGGUUUAUAAAGUUUCAUGCUAAAG